AUGCGAAUAAUUAUUCCCUUUUGCCAAAUCUACAAUUACAUAGCUAAGAAAAGAAGGACAGUGCGCGCCCGGGCAGCUACUCAACACCCAGUGCUAAGACGACUGGCCGGCGGGAAGGAUUUCCUCCUGGAAGGUCCAGGAGGGAAUCCUCCUGCUCGGCGAGGUUGUACAGCUUCACCGACCAGGAGGAUUCCCUCCUGGCCGGCGACAACCUUGACGGCCAGGAGGAUUCCCUCCUGGGCCGGCGAGGUUGUACCGUCAACCCAAACCCCUUUCUCAUUCUUGACCUUGAAACAGACCAACAGAACCACUCAUCAACCAGGCGAUCUGUCUCCAGCGAAGAAGGCCAAGAAAGUCAAGAAGGGGAAGGGUGCCAUGCUUGGGCCCGAGAGGGCUGUCGAUGCUGGGCCAAGUAGCUGGACAUUUGUUGCGCUUGAGGAAGCAGAAGAGAUCUCCGACCCGUCCACUGUACCCGAUCCAUCCCUUUCUGCUCUGGCAGUCUUGGCGAGCCCUCAGAUCUCAUUGGAUGCCACCACCGAUUUGGUCGUCCGAAAACGGCACAGGCCCGACAAUGAUCCAUCUUCUGAUCUCACCGGUAUCCCCAAACGACCUUGGAUUAUCUUCGAGUCUGUUGGGGCUCUUGACACACAUUGCUAA